AUGGUUGAGGCCAAGGUCAGGAACCUGGACGGAGCUUGCGCCGAGGACCUUGUCGGAUCCAUCCCAACCAGGUGGACAUGUCGCGGUUGUCGGUGCUUGUCCUUACUCUUGAAAUUGAUCAGCGCUGCGUGCGCUGGUGUAGAAGGUAAAAUUGGUGGUGCUGCCACUCCGCCAAGGGCCCAGGUUGCUUCGGCCAUGCGAGUGAAAUCGAGUGAAGGGGCAAGUGGAAGCCGCGUGGAGAAGCGUGGGCUGCGCUUCUCGUGUGGCUUGCUAGUAGUUCGAACUACUCGCCGAACGCAUAGGGCAAAAGCGCUGCGCGAGAGACACUUCCUGCCAUCGCAGAGCCGAAGUUGGCGUCGCGCCACUUCGCAGAAGCGGGCGUCGAAGCUUUGCGGAAGCCCUCGAAGCCCCUCAAUGUCCAUUCACUUCGUGAAUAUAAAGCAAAGCUCGCGUGCGAAGGCUGAGAAAACGUCUGCGCAGCUGCAGCGCGCGGCAAGUGUGCUCGAGCGCGUGAUGUGA